UCGUGUAUGUAGGGCAUCACCAGCUGAGUGUUAAGGUCCUCGGUAGCGGCGCCAUCGCGAAGAUCAUGAAGACCAUGUUCAGAUCCAUGCACAACCAGGCACACACGCUCCACCAUGUCAGCACCAACAAACCCUGUCUGCCGCAGCCGACCCAGCUGGACCCGUGGUACCUGUGGAUCGUGCUCGGGAGUUACGUCGCGCAGAUCGGGCUGUACUACAUAGAGGCGUACGCGCUCCGGCUACGCAGGGUGAUAGCCAGCUUCUUCUACAGAAGGAGAGCAAAGAAGAGGACCCUGCAUCUGUAUAACGAGUUUAUGAGAAAACGGGUGGGUUUCCUCACGCACAUGCGCAAGAAGAUCCGGCGCCUGGUGAGAGAAAAGAAACUAUCGGUGGAGACAGCCCUACCCACGAUCCUGCGCUACAAGUUCCCUCACCUGUUCUUCUGGUUGAAGUGGCUGGGUCUGGGGAAGAAACAGUGUCUCAUCUGUGACGAGAAGGAAAAUAAGUUCACUCACCACUGUCCUGGAUGUAGAUACGUGUACUGCCGACAGUGUUGGAGGGACAUGAAGAAAACUUGUUACAACUGUGAUCCUGCCUACACGUCAGAAGACACACAGACAAGUGACAAGUCAUCAAGUAGCGAGGACGACUAACCCAAGAUGACAACCAUGUCGUGAAGACAAGAUCACAAUCGUCCUGGCAAACGCGAUAGGCUCUAAUAUGGGGGUUUUACUCCAGG